AUGUCCUACCAGAAUCAGCAACAGUACAAACAGCCUUGCCAGCUACCUCCCAAUUGGCUACAGCCUUGCCAGCCCAAGUGUCCAGAGCCAUGUCCUCCAAAAUGCCCAGAGCCAUGCCCUCCUAGAUUCCUAGAGCCAUGCCCUCCUAGGUGCCCUGAACCAUGCCCACCACAACAGUGCCAGCAGAAAUAUCCCCCAUGCCCUUCACCUUGCCAGCAGCAAUUCCCACUCAAGAGGAAGUAG